AUGAUCUGCUUUGAAACCGAGUAUAUGAAGAUAAAUCGAACACUUUUGCUUAUAAUUGGAAUGUGGCCUUAUCAACAAUCGAAACUCGCUCAACUUCAAAUAAUCUUGUGUAAUGGUGCUUUGAUAAGCAUAAUAAUAUUCCAGUUUACAACUUUCUUGACUACAGAAAACACACUUGUAUUUGUUAUCGAUGUUCUAUCUGAAACAUUAUUUUUUCUCCUACAUCUAAUGUAUUAUAACAUGUUCUAUUUUAACAACCAUGUUGUGAGACAUACAUUGGAGCAAAUACAACAUGUUUAUAAUGAAUUAAAGAAUGAGAAUGAAAUCGCUAUUAUAGAAAAUUACGGAUACGAAGGAAAACGUUAUACGAUUGUGCUUACAUUCAUUGGCAUAUGCCCUAUAGUUAUUUUUCUUGUCCAGCCAUGGUGCCCACAAAUCUUCAAUGUUUCUUUGCUCGUAAAUAUAUCUCAACCACAUCCUCCUGCAUAUAUUACAACUGAAUACUUUGUUGAUGAAGAGAAGUAUUUUUAUUUAAUUCUACUGCAUGCAAACGUAGUUUUUAUUCUGGGAUUGAUUAUUGAAAUAGCAAUUGGAACAAUGUUCAUAGUAUUUAAUAAAUGGAUCUGCGGAAUGUUUAGAAUUGCCAGUUACCGUAUCGAGAAGGCAAUGGAAAUUAAUGUUGCACAAACUAUUGAUUUAAAGAAUGAUACUAUGAUUUAUAAUGAAAUAAUUCACGCUGUGAAUAUUCAUCGCAAAGCAAUUACGAUCAUCAAAUUUCUAAUGUCCAAUUUUGAAGGACCUCUUUUUUGCUUAAUAAUAUGCAUUGUGUGUUGCUUGAGUCUCAAUCUUUAUCGAAUUUUCCAGAUUGUAUCGUUUAGAAGAAGUACAGGCGAGUUGAUAGUACAUUGCUUAUUUGCCAACUUUAUGAUUGCCAUUAUAUUCAUAUCCAACUAUGUCGCGCAAGAAAUUUUAGAUCACAAUAAUCACGUAUUCGCUACCGUAUACAGCAUGCGGUGGUAUAAAACUCCUUUGUAUAUACAGAGAAUGAUACUUUUCCUGUUACAAAAGGGCACGAAAACCUUUUCUCUGAAAAUCGGAUUGUUCUCGGCAUCCUUAGAAGGUACUGCUACGUUGUUAAGUGCCUCUUUGUCUUACUUCACCGUCCUAUGUUCUACAUCGCAAUGACAUACAAGUCUAUCAUAUCGCGGCAUAAAGGAAGGUAUGUCGAAUUGGAAUAAACGGUGUCGAAU